AUGCAGACCCGGCUUGCCCCACAAUCGUUGGAUACCCGACUGAUAUUGACUGUUCUCCAUGUUAGGCAAGAGUUCUACGUGCGUUUCAAGGGACCGGAAGAGACACCCUUCGCCGGUGGCCACUGGAAGAUCCACGUCGAACUACCCGAUCAAUACCCAUACAAGAGCCCGAGCAUCGGGUUUGUGAACCGGAUUUUCCACCCGAACAUCGAUGAGCUGUCGGGUUCCGUUUGUUUGGAUGUCAUAAACCAAACAUGGUCGCCCAUGUACGAUAUGAUCAAUAUUUUCGAAGUCUUCCUUCCUCAGCUCCUGCGCUACCCCAACCCUUCGGACCCUCUGAACGGUGAAGCAGCUGCUAUGCUCAUGCGGGAGCCGAAAAGCUACGAGGCAAAGGUCAAGGAAUACGUAGCCAAGUACGCCAGCAAAGAGGCCGUCGACGAAGCCGGAGAAGACACAGAGUCGGAAGACGAACUGAGCUCGGCAGGCAGUUACGAGUCCGGCGGCGAAGAGCCAGCCGGUACAAUGGACGACGUUUAG